AUGAGUGUAUCAACGUCAACAACCACAGACGUUUUAUUUCCACAACAACGGUUUGAAUUUCCGAAACGACGUCGAAGAUCCAAUAGUUCAAAUCAAGUACUGGCGCAUUAUAACAUUAAAGCAGUGCGUGCUCCACGGAGAGAUGCACCCACUUCUGUCUCUUCAAAUACAGCGAAUACUUUUAAUGCAACCACACUAACAAAAAGGGACUAUUCAAUACCAAGGCCACCAAGGUUAGCAUACGACACCACGACGCCAACCUUUACCAAUACCAGAAUGACAAUGACUCCGCCCUCGCGUCCAGAGUACGGAAUAACGCACAGCUACUAUUACGGAAGAGGAAGUAUUGAUGAAGGUAUUAUACGUGACUCGCAUCACCGGCCAAUUUUACCAAGACCCCCUGCUAGUAAUAGAGUCGUAGAGGCUGGUAAAAAAGUUGGUGGUGUUAGCGGCGCUUCAAUACCUUUGACGGCACAAAUGCUUGACUAUCAUGAACGUAUAGAGAAACGCACAAAAUCAGAUGAUGCCGAGGAUCCAAAAUUAUCAGAUCAAGUGACAUUAUUGCAAAAAGAAAUUGAAUCUGUAAAGCAAAGUCUCGCUGGAUUACAAAAAGACCACAAGACAAUGUUAAAAGAGAAAAAAGAACUUGAAGAACAAUAUAAAAAUGCGAAAAAUGAAGUUACGAAAACAAUCGAGAGUAGUAAUGAGAUGCUGAAUGAAGAGAUGCCCGAAGAAUAUAAAAAUAUAAUGAACAAUUGUAUGCAACAAGCACAAGAACUUAAUCUGUUACAAGCUCAACUGGAAAAGAGCAAAGCCGAGUUUCGGCAGUUGCUUAAUGUGAAGGAGGAUAUUGAAGCGAUGUUGGGACAGAAAGAACGAGAAUACCUCGAAGGAAUAAGACAAUGCGAGGCAGUGACGAACGGUCAAGCGAGAAUGAUUAAUUCGAUGGAAAUACUACUGAUGGAUAGUAACCAUAACAACGCUACCGUUGAACGAAAGAAGUUAAAGAAACAGAGAAUAAUGGAAAGAGUGGCCGAAAAAGAUGCUUACAUUGAUCGUGUUGCUGCCACCUCUCGGCGAGUAUCAUAUACAAAUCCAAUUUCUUUAUUCACCGAUGAGGAACUUGUACGACAUCAGAAUCGUUAUGGACUUGCAAAAGAAUGGGUGGAAGACAGCAAAGUCUCUCAGUGCCAACAAGCUGGAUGUAGUGUUAAAUUUAACUUUUGGAAUCGACGUCAUCAUUGUCGAAGGUGA